AUGAUUUCCACUGAUCUCCUCUUAACAACCACAUUCCUUGUCCUGUGCAUGUGCACCCUCUCCACAGCCUCGCCAAGGGCCGUGUUAACCCUAGUCAAUAAAUGCCCCUUCACUAUCUGGCCAGCCAUCCAGCCGCACUCGGGCCACGCCGCCCUCAUGCACGGCAUCGGCGCCUUCACACUUGACACCCUGGCCAACGUUUCCUUCCCCGCUUUUCCUUUUCCCAACCUCAAAAACUCCUGGUAUGGACAGAUCUGGGCACGCACAGGGUGCACUAGCAUCACUAUCAAUGGAACCGAAUACUUAUCUUGCGCCACCGGCGACUGUGGCCUCCAGCCCGACUGCAGCCGCGAAAAUAUUAUCUCCACCCCUGCCACGCUGGCUCAGCUCCAAGGUUUCGGUAAACCGUCCCCCUCCUUCUACGAUGUCAACCUAGUCCACGGUUUUAACUUGCCCAUCACCUUGACCGCUCACGGGGGCAAAGGUAUCAAACACUUCUCUUGCCCCACAGCUGACUGUACCGCCGAUCUGCUCCAAACGUGUCCCGAAAAGUUCAAGCGCGGGGCACCAGGUGAAAAUUCCUGGCCGGUCGUGGCAUGCUAUAAUCUUACAAUUGGUCGGGUACCGCACCAUCGUGGUGUGAAGCUAGUGCCUUCGUGGAACUCAAAGUUCUUCGAGAGCGCGUGCCCUAACGCGCUUACGAAUGAUACGCAAGAAUAUAAGCCAUCUACUCUACACAGCUGCGAAUGGCUACGUGAGCUGAAGAUCAUCUUCUGCAACUAG